AAAAAUCAGUGAGACAGAGCGGAAAAACAUAGUUCCAGAGCUCUCUGUUGAAGUUCAAGAAGUCAUGAUGAUUGUUAUCUUUCUGAGUCUUUGCAUUUCUUUUGCUUUGGUAAGUUUUACAAUAACCUUUAACGAGAACCUUAAGAUCAAGGGCUGCUAUAUUAAAAUAGCAAAAUGCACCAGUCCUCUUUAUAAUCCGCCGGUUUUUUCUUUAUAGAUGAAGUUGUUGAGCGUAAUUUUUAAUUUGUCUUGAGUGGUGUCAAAUAACCUUUUUGUCUGGAACAAGGUCGCAAAAUGGGCAAACUUCCUGAACCAUUUUCAAACACAUUCUUUUUGCGCUAUUAAUAUCCUUUUUCUCUCUAUGCGUAGAGGAUGUCUUACCGUUUUAACCCCAAACUAACUUAAAUGUAUGUUUGCAUUUUUUUUGUCUUCCAGGGAAGUUCAAAUCUCCCUGAGCUUGCGGAGUGUAAAAUGGAGGUACAUUUCACUAUAAUCAUAUACUUUUGACCGAUUACACUGUUUACAUUCAUAUUGGUUUCUUUCCAAUUCAUGAGACACGUUGUAUUUGUCUCAGUUUACAAGAAUGCUCAGUAAAAUGUUUCGUUAUAUUUUCAAUUCUAACGAUAUGGUUUCUGAUUCACAUCUAUAACAAAAACGUUUUAUGUCUGAGGCUGUAGCUACAGUGAACAGUUAAAGGCAUAACCAGCCAUAUGUUUAGCUUAAUAGCAUUUUUUUUGAAGAAACUCUCUCAUUAAAGUAUUUUCCGUACCCCACUACUCUACGUUUUUGUAACAUACCCAGCAUAUAGCUAAUUGAUGUAUCAGUUCGUUAAGAAAAGGGUAGAUGACGGACUAAAAACCCCUCCCUCCUGUUAUGAAAACCAAAGCCACAAAUAUGCGUUGCAAGAAAAUUGGUGAUGGCUUAACACUGAGUUUGUAGCACACAAGCUCGUCGCCUAUUACUUGAAGUCUUCGAACAUUUUGACUUUUGAUUUACUGAUGACAGGACGUAUAAUCUAGCCAUGUUUUUCGUCUUUUAAGAGACAUUCAUUAAAUGUGAAGUUCUUCUUCGUUUUCUUUCAUACCCACUCAAAAGGGAGACUGCCAGGCUGGACUGAAAUGUGUUCUGACCAAGAGGCUGAUCGUAAGCGGAACCGUCUACCCAGUCAAGCAAUGCAUGCCGGAAGGCGUGGACAUUGAUGUGGAGACUGUGGACUUGGAUAACCAAUCUGAUAAUGUUUCCAGAGUCAAGCGCUUUCUGUUUAACGUGAGGAUUCUUAAUCACAUUUUCCCAUUUGUUUUGAUUUUCAACGCUUCUCGAAUAUUGAGGAUUUAAUUACCAAACACGAGUCAUGGUGUUCUAUUAGAUUUUGAACACCGAGAUAAUAGUUGAAAAUACGACGCGUACAAGUGUAAAAAAAGUAAGCGCGCGCUUUCUAUUUUUCGAUUACUGCUAUUUUCAUGGGGAUACCCUGCGGUAGCCUUUGCGGAGGAGAGAGGUGUAGUUUCCUCACACAAAGAUACUGUACAUGUAUGUUCCCACUUUGUCACUCUUCACCCAGGAGUAUAAAACUAAGGGGUCCUAGUGAGAUGUCCCUGGUGUAAUCCUCCUAUAGACCUACAUCCUAUCGAGGAGGAAGUAUUAAUACCCCACUUUAUUCUACACUGUAUUAACCCCCUUCGUAUGAGCCUCGUUAUCCUUUAUCUGCUACCUCUACAUCUAAAUGCAAAGUUUUGAAAUUAUAUUAACAGAGUUGUUCCUCCGAAUCGGAGUGCCAAUCAAAUUUCUGCUGUGCACUGGGAAAGAGAUGUGCUCCAAAACUCGGGGAGUACUUUACUUGCUACUUCGUGGUAAGUAAAUCAAGAAAGCCUUUAUUUUGUGUGAGUCAAUUAACUUAACGGUGUACUGUUUAUAAAGGUGGUAGUAGCCCUGGUAUGAUGAGUGGUUAUUCUUUCCAUGGCGCUUUAAUUUUGUAAUUUAAUGUUAGUAACGGCCUUGGGUUAUACAAUCAGUGACAACUUUGGCUCAAAUAUCUAUGGCGCUUUGUAACUACUGGCAAUCAUGUCAGAUUUUUUCUGUGUAAAUAACGACGUUGCUCUUAAUUUGACGUCGAUUUUGUGCAAUGACAGUGACAGCCCUUACCGAAUGUUGGCGACAGCAUUGAUAUUAUCUAGGUGAAAGGGUCAAAACCUAAUGGAAAAGUCUUGCUGGAGAGGGGUUUUAAGAAAUACCCUUAAAGUUAAAAGUAAGCGACAGGUUUAAAUGAUAGCCUAGGAAAACAGUCCACAUUUCGCGACGCCACUAUUGGUUUCCUCGCGAAGCGAAGUUUGAAAAACGACUGCAGAAAUUCGGAUCCAUACUCAUCUUGUCACUACCCAGACCUGGCCAGUGCUUCUGAUUGGUUGAAGCAAUACCCAGAUCUGGAUCAGUAUGGAAUUUCCGCCGUCGUUCCUCAGACGUCAUUUGGCGGGAAAACCAGUGGUAGCGUCGCGAUAUUUCGGCUGGUUUCUCAGGCUAUUUAGUUAAAUGUUUUCCAACAAGACAGACAACCCCGAUUCACUGCUAGUAACAGUUCUUGUUCUCAGUGACCCAAUAAUAUCAAGUGUUAAAUGCUGACACCAACUUAGGAAAGAGUAGGUUGGACAAAAUAUACGAGAAAUUUACCCCCCCUCCUCCCCCAACUUAAGACAAGGAUGGGAAGGCGUUUUAAGUGAAGUCAUAGGCAGCUUCAUCCUAGUCUCCCUCGCAGCCAUUUUUGUCUCCUGCUGCAAAGCUCCUCCCCAUUGUGUGACGAAACAAAAACAGCGGCUGCAAGUGAGAGCAGCUUCAUCCAAUGUUUUCGGGGGGAUGCGUGGUUUCCGUUUUUACUUCAUUUUGUUUAAGAACAGAUUUAAUAUACCUAUAUACCACUGAUAUCUAGAUAUUUAACCUUUUCGUGUGAAUCCAUUUAAAGAGGUUUAAAUGUAUUAGAAAAUAUUUCAAGAGCCAAAAGGGUAUGUGUUUUCUUUAAUACAGGACAAACACAAGUGUGGCUGCGGCAACGGACUGGCCUGCAAAGUGACUACAACAAUCAAACUGCCGUUUGGAAUAAAAAUCCCAAUAAAGCAGUGCGUGAAGGCAACGUAAAAUGAUGAACCUAGGUUACGAAACUAAAGUAGUUUAGACAGAGGGUGUCAAGUAAUAAACAGCAAAGGGGU